AUGGAAUGCCUCUCUGCCAAUCCGACUGUAAUCGCUGGUACGAUGCCUGCAGAUCGGGACUCACUUGUGCCAGAAAUUGGCGUGCAGGGGGCUUCAACUGGACUCAUGAUAUGUUUUAUCCGCGCAGGCAUCAACGAGUGUCAUCCCGGAUUCAGCUGCAAGCGCAUCGAUGAAGUAUUCACCAGCGCACAGGACUUUUGUGAGCAGGUGUGGGACGGUACCUGGAAGGUCGUGCCGGACAGCAAACACGUCUGGUUGGACAAGGACCCACAGUGCCUUCAUUUUGUUGGCGAAGACGUUGCAAGUCACAACAAGCUUGUUGCAGAACAUCGCGCUAAGAUGAUACUGGAUAAUUUGGCCGAUGUUGCGGACAAAGGAAUCGGAACUCCAUGA